CUCGACGUUCCGCUGUCCCGCCCACAUCCCCGGCUCAUUGUCGUCGUCUGCUCGGCUCGGGCUGCACCAUGUCCCACAAGCACACCUCUGACCACUCCUCCGAGGAGUCUCCUCAGCCAGCCAAGAAAACCAGAAUCAAGCGUGCCUGCGACGCAUGUCGGUCCAAACGAAACAAGUGCAGUGGAGAGUCGCCAUGCCAGCCCUGUCAAGCGAAUGGCAUCAUGUGCACCUACUUUACGCCGCAGAAGCGCCGGGGACCCCCGCCCCGACAUGCACGCAUCUCCAACUCGUCGUUCCCUUAUCCGGGCUCGUACUCGCAGGCAGACGUGAGCGGCAUUGCCGCUGAUCGCUCGUCCAUGCUUGCCGUGGACUGGUCCACCGAUCCCUUUUCGCCGUUUUCUCCGUUUGAGCGAAACAAGCCAAUGCUGUGCGCAAUCCACAACUCCAACGACAACUCCACCAUCUUCUACGGCGGCACGGCCAUCGGCGGUGCCGUCAGUAUGAACCGCAUGCCCCGCAACUCGCUCGGCGUCAUCGAUCUGUUCGUCUCCUGCCGAACAACCACGUGCUCCUACAUCUCCCAGAUCGACUCGAUGCCCUUUGACCGCAUCAUGACCCGGAAAAUCCUCGAUACCUACUUUGAGCAUAUUGCUCCCUUCCAGGACAUGAUCGACGAGGCGUCUUUCUUUGAGGAGUUUGACAAGGACCUCCACUCGGAGCCCUUCUCCUUGCUCCUCACGACCAUGUGCUUGGCCGUCAUCAUGGAGGCCACCCUGCACAAGGAGCUCGGAUUCUCAGACAUCAACGCCGCCCGGAGCAAGGUAGCCGAUCGAUCGUAUGCCAAAAUAUCCAAACUCUAUGACCACCCGCACAUUAUGGUAUUGCAGAGCCUUAUUUUGAUGUGCGGCAUCAGCGCUCUCCCGGGCAAGAUCAUCAAGCUCAAGGGCCCGUAUUAUCUGGGUCUGGCAUGGGCCAUGGCGAUGGAGCUUGGCCUCCACAUCAAUAUCGAUAGCAUGCGCAACCCGCCGCUGAAUUCUGUAUCGCGGCGGGCAUAUCGAGCGACGUUCCUCUGCCUCUACAUGUACGACCGCUUCUCGUCGCUCGUGACAGGUCGACCCGUCGUGAUCAACGAUGAUGCUUGGGACGAUUCCAUCCUCGAAGAGCAGUUUGACGAACGAUAUAGCGACCUCGUCACGUACGUCCGCCUCUGCCGCAUCAGCGGCCGCCUGACCAACCUGAUCAUAUCGCCGAUCUCGACCAGUGCCGAGCAGCGAUGCCGAGCCACCGAGAUCGUGAACCAACUGCAGGAUUGGUGGGAGUCGGUCCCGCCAAAGUACAAGCCGAAGCCGCAGGGGCGGUUUGUGAUCCAUCACCACCUGCACUCGCUCUAUCACUCGCUCAACAUUCUGUCACAGAGGCUGGUUUCUUCUGUCACGUCGCAGAGCUCGAUCGAGAGCGCGCGGUGCAUCGUUGCCUAUCUGCGCUCUAUCCCGCGCCUCCUGAGCUUCCCGAACCUGCCAAAUCCGGACUGCAACUACCAGCUGCCGUGCAUCUCGUAUUUUGCCAUGACGGCAGCGACGCUCCUACUCGAGUUGAUUCUCAACUCGCCCACGCAUCUGGAGGCUCUGAGCGAUCUCAACGAGAUCCUGAUCACCCUCGAGCAUCUCGGAACGGCCCUCGCCCUUCUGCUGCGCCGAACCAUAUUCGAGUGCAUCCAGUGGAACACCCUCUAUCUGCGGGCGAUCAGCGGAGCAGCGGCAACUGGAGUUGUCUUGGACUCCUUGACCCUGAACAAUCUCACGCAGACCUACCAGUCCAUCAUCGACAGCACCUCCUCGAACAGGGGCAAGCGAGCCAUCGGCUCGAUGGUCGUUCCAAGUGCACCGCCACCAGAUGUCCUCGCCUCCCCUGCUCCCGAAAGGCCAAGAACCAUGCGCGAGCUCUCGCAAACUCCAUCGCUGUCCAACUCCGAGGCCUCCACCAUCACGCCUUCGCCCAAUCUGCCAAUGACCAACCAAUUUGAUUUUGCCGACCUCCUGCGACCGACAGACUUUGACUCCAACCCCGUGGUUCGUAUGUGAGUACUCGCGAACACCAAGGUCGUAUACACUUCUCCCUGCACUUGAUCCUAACCCUGGUGGUGUCGAUAUGGAGCAACUGCCGCAUUCACUUCUCCAUCGCCUUUGUCGAUGCGACCUCGGCCCCCAUCACCUCCGAUGCGGUCUCGAUAGCCGCCGGCACCACCGAAGCGUACCUUCCUCCUCCUCCUCCUCCCUCCACACGCGCUCUCCAAAAUACAAAAGAAUGAAAAACAAUUGCCCGCAAUACACUUUACUCAGGGGGAAAUGGGACACCUGCCCACAACCCAUAUGUCAGCGUAGUAUGUGAUGGCAUGCGUCCAACUAUGUCACAAGAAAUAUAACAGAUCACUUUGGCAGCCUCCGAGUGAAGACCACCGGGGCUCUCCG